UCACUCAAUGCGAACACGGAAGGACGAUGGCCUGGGUAUCGGCCACUGAGGGAAAACAUCUCUCAGGAAAUUGAGACAUGCGUUGCGUCGCCCCGAGCUGUUGUGGCUUUUGGUCAACGCAUCAUUUCCCUGCGGCCCUUCUUUGACCUCGACGUCCUCGACAAUCACACCUGUACACAGAGAGACAUUAUGCAGCCGUCAGGCAGACACGUUGGAUGGAUGGAUGGCUGGCUGGAUGGUUCGUCAUGUUGGCUUACAUGCCUCCUCUUCGUCACCAUUCAGGUGCGCCGCGACCCAAUUGAAGCAUACGUCUUCGCAAUUGAGUUCUCCGUUGAUGAAGUCGAUGACAGGCCUGCACACAAAUGCACCGUCAUGACUUGAUGUACAUUGCUCGAGCGCUACUCGAGCGUCUUGCCUAGGUAUGAGUCUCCUGUACGCAUCCAU